GAGCUCUGAGUUGGAAUCAACUUUCAGAGUGGAACCCUCUGCAAGCCCUUUCUGCUACACAGGACUACAGAAUCUCGUGUAGCGUAACAUAUUCCGCUGUACAUGUGUAUUUAUAUAAAAGUGUUUCCAUCAUGAAAUCUGGAAUUGUUUACCUUGCUGUAUUCUUACUGAUUCUUGUGAUCAUAAAGGGUCAAGAUCAUGGUUUAUUGACUUACGUUGAAAGGAGAAUUACAAGUAUAGAGGACAGAAUCACACAGUUUCAUGACCAGAGUGGAAUCUAUUCGUCAGAACUUCGGGAUUUUAAGAAGCAUAUUUUGACAAUGGUAGAAAAUUAUGAAAAAGAUAAAGAAGAACUGAGGAGUGAGUUACUCAAUGCGAAUGCUCGUAUUGAACGCUUAGAGCGUGAGGUGGAUUAUCUGGAGAGUCAAAACCCCGUCACUCCGUGUUUAGAAGUGGAUGACAAAGUUGUUGAAAGGAAAGCUAAGAAGGUUCAGAAAAAGCGAAACGAAAAAUAUGAUAAGAUUACAGAUUGCAGAGACAUGAUUUCUCACAUCAAGUCAAUGAAAAUCCUUAAAAAGAUGAAGACCUCUACUGGUCUGUGGACUAAGGACCCUCUUGCAAAUUCUGACAAGGUCUACAUCUUCAGUGGCACUGCUAAUGACACUCUGUAUGAAUUUGCAAGUAUUAGAGAUUUUUCAGUUUCCUCCCAUAAUCGAAAAGCAGUGUCAAUCACCCUCCCUUAUCCAUGGAAGGGCACAGGUCAUGUUGUUUAUGGUGGUUUCUUGUAUUACAUAAAAGAGGGAACUGAGUUUCACAUCAUUAAAUUUGACCUGAAGAACCACACGGUUACUGAUAGUGCUGUCUUUCCAGCUGAAGAACAGAUUCCUGCUUACAGUCUGUCACCGUUUAAUUAUAUUGACCUAGCUGCUGAUGAAGAGGGAUUGUGGGCUAUUUUUGCCACCAAGGAAAAUGAACAAAACUUAUGUCUAGCUAAGAUGGAUCCUAAGACUCUUGAUGUUGAACAGAUGUGGGAUACUCCAUGCCGCAGGGAAAAUGCAGAAAGUGCUUUUGUUGCUUGUGGGAUACUCUAUGUGGUGUAUAAUACCAGACUUCCCAGUCGCUCACGCAUUCAGUGUGCAUUUGACGUCAGUGACAGUCUCACUCCUGAGGAAGUCCCUUUAAUCUACUUCCCAAAGAGAUAUGGGUCUCAUUCCAGCAUGAAAUAUAAUCCAAAAGAAAAGUACAUCUCUGCUUGGGAUGAAGGUUACCAAAUUAUAUACAGACUAGUCAUGAAGAGUAAACUUGUGGUGUGAGAAACUUUGUCUGAUUUUAUAUCAUACAAUGUGGUCACUAUACAGACUCUAAAUCCCCAAUUGAAAAUAUACUAUUUUUCUUGAGUAAAUUACUGCAGUUACUAUGUGUUGUGCAGCAGAGUCAAAUAUAAUUAUCCAUGGUAAAUGAUUUGCAGUGAGUCAUAUUUUUUUUUUACUUCAUUUACAUAAUGUACUUCAAAAACUACAAUAAAAGCUAUACUUUUUUUUAGUUAACAGUUAUAAUUAUAUUCAAUAGCAUUUUUUUGUGUGCCAUUCAGAGUUUGAUUUCUGUCAAAAUGACUGAUAUUUGUGAAGUUACAGCGACCACUUCCUUUUAAUCAUCCCACUGUUCUAUCAAGUGGCAUAUGCCAAUUUGGAAAUGUUUCAAAAACAUUUAUUUCUGACAUGCCAGUGACUUUAUUCUAUUCCAGCAUAUAGCAAAGCUUGCAUUAUGACAUUAAAGUUGUCAUUUCAUUAAAGCAUAAUCCAGUGUAAUUCAUUAGUUCUAUAUUUCAUUUCUAGAUUCACCAUAUUUCAGAAAACCAGGUAAUGUACACUGGCUUGCUGGACCUGCCUUAUUUUCAUUUUUGACACCCCUGUCAUACUUCAAGAGGACUGACAUCCAAACUUGAGAGAGUGGUUCAAAUAUCAUAUAAGACUGAAACUAAGGAGUGAUUUGCAGGAGCAUUUAAAUAUGUUAUAACAGAAUACAGAUAAAAUCAAGACAGAGUGAUAACAGAAUACAGAUAAAACCAAGACAGAGUGAUAACAGAAUGCAGAUAAAACCAAGACAGAGUGAUAACAGAAUACAGAUAAAACCAAGACAGAGUGAUAACAGAAUGCAGAUAAAACCAAGACAGAGUGAUAACAGAAUGCAGAUAAAACCAAGACAGAGUGAUAACAGAAUACAGAUAAAACCAAGACAGAGUGAUAACAGAAUGCAGAUAAAACCAAGACAGUGAUAACAGAAUACAGAUAAAACCAAGACAGAGUGAUAACAGAAUGCAGAUAAAACCAAAACAGAGUGAUAACAGAAUACAGAUAAAACCAAGACAGAGUGAUAACAAAAUACAGAUAAAACCAAGACAGAGUGAUAACAGAAUGCAGAUAAAACCAAGACAAGAUGAUUUUUUAACGAUUGAGUAUUAUCGUUAUCAGUACAACUUAGUACAUGCUAAGUGCGCAGUUACUUAUUGUUUCAAAUGAGAAUGAAACUAUGGACAUUUUUCAUUUUUCCUGCACAAUAUAUUUUUGUGGGAUCUGAACCAUUUCAACAUUGAUUAAAGCAACAGAUUUUAUAGAAUUCGCCAUUGAAAUGUGAACACUUGAUAUACAUGACUAGUAUUUCUUUUUCAUAUAUUUUAACUUACUGUAUUGACCUGUGUGCUAGUUGGUAAGCAUUAUUGUGAAUGUACUUUUAUGCCAUUUAUUUAAACAUAUUAAAUAAUAAUCAAAUCAGCAUGUUGGCCAGAAGCUGAACUUGAUCUUCUGCUUAAUUAACAAAUUGUAGCUAAUAAAAAUUAUAUUUAAUUAUCUUAAUCAAUGUAGAUAUUAGACUUAAUUCAAAGACAAAAAAAUGGAAAUAUCCAUUUCUUGGCAAAAAACAUGUUGUCUGGCCUUUUCAGACAGCUAAAGUGAUUCUAGCAAGAAUUACUUAGCUAGCAAUGGAACUUGGCGAUCCAUUUAUACAGAGAACAGUUCUUUUCUGAACAAAAAGUCAGAAAUAGUCUAUACAAAUAUAUCUGUAACCUUUGAAAAUCAGUUUAGUAAACAAUAACGACUGAUUUUGAAAAAAAAAAAAACAUAUACUUUUUCCCUAAACUGGCAUUCUCCAGUUAUAAAAUAAAAUGAUGCAAACAUCAAUCUUUUUAUGAUAAUUGGGUAAGUACAACCAACUUAUUGCACACUGGAGAGCUGCGGGUGUAUAAAAUCCCCCAAUGGAUAAUUACAGAUGUGUUAAUCUGAGUAACAAGUAAUAGUACCUAAUAAGCUGACACUGACCUUGUAUUUGUGACAUUUUUAACAACAAAAAGUGACUUGCCAGGUAUUAACAGGUUUUACUUGUAUUUUCAUUGCAGUUAUGUUAAGGAUCUCGAAAAACAACUAUCCCACUGUACACAGAACCAUCCUAGAUAUGUCUUAUAGUACAUUGCAGAAUAUGGUAACAUACUAAGCUGGCACUCUUUUUAAAACAUCAACAAUAACUGUUUAUUCAUUCACUCAUUGCUAUUUUAAGACAUUUCAAGGUUGCAGGAAAGAGAGUCCACCCCAGCAUUAUCUGAGUGCACAGCAGAAGAACUAAUUCAGGGUUCCAGUUCAAAACCGAAUGUAUGCACCCACUCACUGUCACAUGGCAGGCACAACGGUGAGUGAUUUGAGACAUCACCAGGUCAGUGACAGCAUGUCUUUGCAACACGAGAGGAAAGCAGAGUACCUGGUAAAAAUCAGUUGACACAGUGAGAACAUGCAGAUUCUAAAUGGAAUGCAUCCCGCCAAGAACCAGAACCAAGUGCUGCAAGGAUGCAAUGCUAACCAGGCACUGCUCUACUGCACUGUAGCUGUUUAUGUAAGGCACUUGCUGUAUCAAACAAACUGAUCGUGCAGUACUUCUUAAAUGAAAUUUGUUACCUCUGAAAAGUAUCUGAUUUAAUGUUAAUGACUUAUAAUUUCAUUUAUUGCUCCAUAGCUGUUCACGUAUUGUAAAACAUUUAGUACCCUAUAUCUAAUCAAAAUAUGGCAAAUAAUGAUAUGCUGGUCAUAUGUUUUUAAUAUAUUUUCCUAGAAUGUCCUGCUUAUGAUGUGUAUGUACAUUGCCAUUAAAAUAUAUUUUUAGGUAUGAAUUACUUCAUUAGAAAUGUAAAUUUUCAUGAAACAAUGCUUUUGUUUUACUGUGGGAAUAUCACAAGUUCAGUAUUACAAGCUCUGUUGCUUCUGUUCUGAAUAAAAUACUAUCAUUUCAA